UUGAACGCAACGCAACGCGCGACGCACGCGCAACCGCCCCAAAGAAUAACGAUAUCAUAUUAAAUAGACGCGAAAAUGAGCGCCUAGCUCGCGAAAAGCCAAAAAUACAAAUCAAAACUGUCUACGAAAAUUUUGUGAGCGCGCUUCAAAGAACGCAACAUGGUCAUGGAGAUGUCCAAGACGUAUCAAUACCGCAAGGUGAUGAAGCCGCUGCUGGAGCGCAAGCGGCGCGCACGCAUCAACAAGUGUCUAGACGAUCUCAAGGAUCUGAUGGUCGAGUGCCUGCAGCAGGAGGGCGAGCAUGUAACGCGCCUGGAAAAGGCCGAUAUACUCGAACUGACCGUCGAUCACAUGCGUAAACUCAAGCAGCGCGGCGGACUCUCAUUGCAGGCAGUCGCCGCUGGUGCGGGCGCUAAUGUUGCCGUCGCUCCCAGCACCAGUGCUGCGCAUGUUGAGUCCUUUCGAUCCGGCUAUGUGCACGCAGCCGAUCAGAUUACACAAGUGCUGCUGCAGACGCAGCAAACCGAUGAGAUUGGCCGCAAGAUUAUGAAGUUUCUAUCGACGCGACUGAUUGAGCUGCAAACCCAAUUACUUCAACAACAACAACAACAACAACAACAGCAGCAGCAACCUGUGCCUGCCGUCGGCUACGCAUCGAGCUUGACGCUGCCAUUGCUGGGCGGUUACGGCGCCGCUGCUGCGGCUAGUUACAGCGCCUACUUGGCGGGCAAGGACGAACUGAUCGAUGUGACCUCUGUGGAUGGCACAGCGCUGUCCGAAACAGCGUCCGUUAGCUCGCAGGAGUCGGGCGCCUCGGAGCCAGUCUGGCGGCCUUGGUAAUCAAUUGACCUGCCCUGGGCGACAUCAACUAAUUUCUAGAUCUUAUCUUUAAUAUUCCAAAAGGCUAUUAACCGUUCGCUGCUGCAUUUAUUUUGCGGCGGCAACAACAACAGCAAAAUCCGUUGUCUUCCAAAGCAAAUUGAAGCAGCAAAUUCGAAAUUCGAUUUGUUGCCAACUGUGCAUUGUUUUUAAAUACUUGUAAGCAUAUUUUAAUAAUUAUUGUAAAUUUUUGAAUUUCAACUGUGAUAUGACUUAAGUACGCUGCGUUCAACAGUAUACUAUAUAUACUUCCUAAUAUAGCCUAUAUACAUUAUUUGCAAAGUUUCCUAAGCUAAGUUUGCGCGCUAUCCAAGUAAUUAAA